AUGAAUUCAGACUCCAGCCCGAGCAGCAGAGCCUCUUCCCCGGACAUGGACGGCAUGUUUCUCCGAGACCACCACCCGCACCACCAUCAUCACCACCACAACCACGUCGGUUCUUCAGUGUCCUCCUCCACGCAGAGCGGCGAGCAGCAGCGCCAGAAGAUGACCGGCGGCGAGCACCUGCGGUCUGGAGACGCCAAGUCAGCGUCUGUGGGAAGCAGCAGCAGCAGCAACAAGUUCAAACUGAAGAAACAAGUCACCGAGGAGGAAAUGUACCAGCUCCGUCUCAAGAUUAACGGCCGGGAGCGGAAGCGCAUGCACGACCUCAACCUGGCCAUGGACGGCCUGCGCGAGGUGAUGCCCUACGCCCACGGGCCCUCGGUGCGGAAGUUGUCAAAGAUCGCCACGCUGCUUCUCGCCAGGAACUACAUCCUGAUGCUCAACAGCUCCUUGGACGAGAUGAAGCGGCUGGUGGGGGAGAUUUACGGGGGGCAGCACUCGGCCUUCCACUGCGGCACCGUGGCGCACGCCGGUGCCGGUGGACACGCCGGGGGCCCAGCCGCUGCAGCCGCUGCCGCUGCCGCCGCUGCGCACCAGGUGCAUCCUCUGCUCGGGAGCGCGCUGUCUUCCUCCACGUCCUCCACUCUGUCGAGCGCGCUGCCCGGGCUCACGUCUAUCCGAGCACCCCACUCCCUGAUGAAGGGCUCCCCGGCUGCGCCCCCGGCCCUGCAGCUGGGCUCCGGCUUCCAGCACUGGGCCGGACUGCCAUGUCCCUGCACCAUCUGCCAGGUGCCUCCUCCUCCACACAUCCCCAUCACCUCCACCGGCCUCACGAGACUCACAGGGGAGGGAAAGGACGGAAUGAAAUGA